GGCGGACAGAGAGUCGGUGCUGGAUAUGUAGUACAAUACAAGUUAAUUCAAGAUUACAAACUGCCGUAGUUUGAUCUUCUGCACAAGCACAGGGCUGUAUUCUUGUGUGAUUAUUUCUUCUAUGUUUGGUUGCAUCUGUAGGAAAUCACCAUGCCAAAGUUAACAAAGAUGAACUGUGAUCAGUGUGGAUACACAUCUUUUAAUCCCAGUAGUAUGUGGUAUCAUCGUAAAACUCACAAUGGAAUUAAACCUUUUAAAUGUAAUUACUGUAAUUAUUCUGCAUUGGUGCAGAGCACACUGACGAUGCAUAUGAAACGUCGCCAUGGUUUCUUCCCACUGAGUUCUCGCCCAGGACGAAAGCCUAAUUUCCUAAAGGGGAAUAUUUCAAGUAUUAGGUCUGAACCAACUAAAAUAAUGAACAGUGAUAAGAAGAAAAGAACAAGUGUGAUUUCUGUUGAUAACAUGUAUGUUGCGAGUACGAGUAGUAACAAUAUGCUGCCGAUUAUUUCUAGUGUGUAUACUUUACCAGAUGACAAGAAGUAUCAAGAACCCACACCAGUUGAACUGAUACAAUGUAGUGAUAACUGUAAAGAGAUGGUCAACCAUGUUGCAAGCUCUUCUCACAUAGAACAUCAUCCACAGCAACCUGUGGCUGUGUCAGGGCGUCCGUCUCCAAGCACUGAAGCACCUGUACUUGUUGGACUUCUCAAUACAAUAACGACAGACAUGAAUAAACUGGUGCCAGCACAGGAAAAUAAUGUAACCAAUGAUAUGUCUCAAUCAGUUUUCUCUCCAAAUCAAACCCUCUCUUCACAGUUCUCUUGUAUAACAUCUACCUUAAAAAAUCGUGAGAAAAAUCCUGAAUGUAUUGAGGUAGAUCUGCGACAAGAGCAUCCAAUGGAACAUGGAAACUAUAACAACCAAGCCUCCAAGUCCAGUGCAACAGUAUCACAUUAUGCAGAUCAUAAUAGGAGCCCACAACCAUCUGGUCACAUCAAAACACUGUCGCCAGCAUCCAGAUCAAACUCCAUGGACAAUAAGAGUCCAGCAAAUCAUGAAGUUGUUGAAGUGUCUUCAGUUACCAGAAGCACCGUGUCCCCACGGGGAGGACAAUCAAGAUAUCCAUACCGAUGUAACCAUUGUGCAUUAGGCUUUGAGGAAGUAAUGAUGUAUAUUAUUCAUAUGGGGUGUCAUGGAUCCCCUAAUCCAUUCCAGUGCAAUGCAUGUGGUCAUGUUUGUAGUGAUAAAUUUGUCUUUGCCUCUCAUUUAAUUGUGGCUGAACAUGGUGAAUGAGAAUAGUUAUGAACCUUUGUUACCAGUAAUGCAUGUUUAUGUCAUUCCCUUUAAAACUUUUUAAAAUAGCUGCACGUUCUGAUGAUUUUGCAAAUUUAGCAUCAUCUUUACUAAUGUUCUUUAAUUGAGACCUGCAGUCAUCGUGCCAUUUUUUUGCACCAGAAAAAGCUGAUUAUCUAUAGCAAGUUGUUUCUUAUUCUACAGUCACAGAUUCCAUCUUUGCCAGCAUCAUCAUCUUGGUCGCUAGGGUCAUUAUCUUUGUUGCCAUGGUCAUCAACUUUGUUGCACUGUGUGGUUCACGUCCUAUACCUAUUGAACUAAACAUCCAUUCACAAUCAUUGUAACAAACAUUUCUUUCGCUAAAUUAUUUAUCAUAUUGGCAAAUGUGCAUAACAAUAUAAUAUGUUAAUUGUGCUACAAUGUAUUAUAUUCAUUAUUAUGCUAAAUUGGUUCUAUUGUUUAUCCAAAAUUUAACAGUUAACCCCUACUCUCUCAUGCCUUGGGAAGACCCCAGAUGUAAUAUGAUAUUAUUCAGUCUGCUGGAAUAUCCAAACCAAAUGUUGUAAAUGACUGCCAUAUUAAAUAUAACUUUAAUUUUAUUCUUCACUGUACAGGCUUCAAAUUCUAUAGUUAUACAUUGGUGAGAUUUCUUGCAUGCCUGUUAUACAUUCAGAAAACUGUACACUAUUCAGAUUUAUCUUUACGAGACAUGUUUAUUUCUAUUUUGUAUCUCAUAUACACACUACCACAUUUGUAUAUUCACAGAAACACAUAAGAAUGUAGUCAGUAUACUGUGAGAAAUGCUGUAUUCUCUAUUAAAAUGCACAUCAAUCCCACCAGAACGUUAACAUAUGAAUCUAA